UUUGCGCCAGCAGCUGCAAAUCCUGCUAGUCUGCUUCUUCUUCGGGCUCGAGGCUCGAGCUGCAUCGCUCACGUCUCCCAAGCAAAAAAGCUCCGCCGUCCUGCCCCGGCGGCGCGCGCCCUCCGGUGGAGCGAGCCACCGAUGGCCGCCGUCCAGCUCCGCCCUUUCCACUCCCUCGCGCUCCCGGCGGCGAGAACCAGCACCAAUCCCAACUGGCUCCACCUCCCGGCGAAGCCAAGGGCGGGGAGCAGAAGCGCCCGCCUCGCCCUGCUCGUGUGCUCCGCUUCCAACCCCGCCACGCCCGCAGCCCCCUCCACGUCGUCGUCCUCAGGGGAUAAGAAUGGCGCGGCGGCAAGGUGGGCCGCGUGGAUCCCGCGCGCCGCAGUGGGCGGGGUCGGCCCCGAGCAGGUCCUCCGGCUCAUCUCCGGCGCCGCGGCCACGCCCAUCUGCCAGUUCGUCGACUCCCCUCGCACCUUCCUCCACUCCGUCGACCCCCGCGUCAAGCUGGUGUGGCUCUUGGCCCUUGUUGUCCUACCAGCCAGGUCAAAUAUUUAUAUGCGCUUUGGUUUGGUAGCUGGCCUUGCUCUUCUUUCAAUGUGGGUUCUGCCAAAUCAUGUUUGGAAGGAUCAACUUGGAAGGGUUACUCUUCUUUCAGGCAUCAUAUUCAUAAUGUUGGGAUUUGGUGCCGAUGGCGCGCCUUCCCUACUACAGACAAGAACUCCUCCCCCAUCUGUUCUAGGUGUGCCGAAUAUUCCUUGUUCCUUGAGUGGAUAUUCUUACACAAUCAUGAAACUAGGGCCACUACAGUUUACAAGGAAAGGCCUAGCAGUUGCAAGUACAUCGGCAUGCCUCUCCUUUGCAAUAUUCCAAAGUGCAAGUCUCUGCUUGACCACGACCACUCCUGAGCAGCUUGCUUCUGCUUUGUGGUGGUUUAUGAUUCCGCUGAAGCUUAUUGGUGUGCCAGUACCCGAGAUAGUACUUACACUGCUACUAUCUUUGAGGUUCAUUAAUCUAGUAUUUGAUGAGGUUCGCAAUUCAGCACUGGCAAUCGUAACACGUCGGAUUGAUUGGAAAAAUCUGGCCACUAUGGAAACAAUAGAUAUUUUCUUCAACUAUGUCCAGCGAAUUUUCAAGAAUAUAUUUGAUCAUGCGGAGCAAGUAUCCAAGGCAAUGAUUGCGCGAGGAUACCGUGGUGACCCUAACAACCACAAGAUCUACUUUCUCACGGAGUCCUCAUUUCGCAUUGUGGAUGCAUUUUCGUUGCUUUGCCUAUUUGCCUUAAUGGGCCUGGCUUCCUUUUCAGAUAGAUUGGCUUGAUGGAACACUUCUAGAUUGUGAUUUACAAAAUCAAUUUUGGAACAUCUUGGAGCAGCAUUUGAAGUGAAUUGGAAACAGAGCAGUAGCAUGAUCAUGUCGGUGGAAACAAGUUUGUGAUUUCCAUGUGUACAUCAUGGCUCCCUCCUGGAGAAAAGAAUGACAUCUGAAAAGUGAUUACAUUAACCUCAGGUUCUAAGCAGGUAUCUACACAUUACCUUGUGGGAGCUGAUAAUGUAACGCUUACAGCUAACAUUAGUCUAACUGUCUUAGCGAAAGGUGUCUGUUAGUACAGUUGUUGCCAGAUGGGACAACCUCAAAUAUCUGUGUAUCACUAUCCCAUGAAUGCCAUUCAAAUCUAUGUCAUGAAAAGAUAUGUUCAUUUCAUUUGAUAGCAUUGACUUGUACUUCCGUUCGGUUAAGAUCUGAUUGCCAACAAUGACCAUCAUCGGAUGUAGUCAGAUAAGUGGUUUGGCAACACAUAGUUGUGCAAUCUUAUCAGAAAGUUCAGACAGCUGCUUCAAUCCCAAUAAAUUAACCACUACUGUGGCUCAUUGACUACAGUUAAAGAUCCUAGUUAUGAUAAUACAGGGCCCAUUUCUCUUGCAGUCUUACCAUCAUCGGAUGCAGUAAGAUAAGUGGUUUGGCAACACAUAGUUGUGCAAUCUUAUCAGAAGGUUCAGACAGCUGCUUCAAUCCCAAUAAUUAACCACUACUGUGGCUCAUUGACUACAGUUAAAGAUCCUAGUUAUGAUAAUACAUGACCCAUUUCUCUUGCAGUCUUUCUUCACGUUACAAUGCAUCAGGAUGUCGAAGUUGAAGAGUAUCGUAAGGCUGCAGUCUUGUCUGGAUCAUUUACGAUGCUGCACCAGGAUCACUGAUAAUACCCAGAUAGUCAUCUUUUAU